AUGCAGAACCAAGAUGCAAGUAGUGAGCCUCGGACUCAGCGUAAGCGACCGGUGCAAGGUGUUUCCCGCGACGACUCAGAUGACGAGCUGGGGACCGAGGAUAUUCCCUGGGAAUGGAUAUUCGAACACAAUGUGGCCGCACGAGAUGUUAGCGAAGAAGGCGAGUGCAAACGACGCAAAUUGGAUGGCAAGUCAAUCAUCGGUGCUCGUCUCGGUACUUUCGAGUGCCGGAUAGGGGACAUUGUUCUUCUCAAAGGCGACGGCUCAAACGAAGCUUGGGUAGCUAUCCUCUGCGAAUUCGUCGAAGAUGAUGGCGAGGGCGACAAGGCAGCCAACUUCAUGUGGUUCUCCACGGAAAAGGAAAUUCGAAACAGAGACAAGAAGCGCAGUGACUUCCACUGGAACGAAUUAUACAUAUCUCCAUCAUGGGACGUGAAUUCCUUGGCAUCGAUAAAUGGCAAAGCCAGAGUUAUGUCGCUAGACAAGUUUCUCUCACGAUACCCCUCGGGCAAGAUCCCACGAAACUCCCCUGAAUAUGGCAAAACAUUUGUGUGUCGACGCGGUUGUAAUACGAGAACAGCCACGUAUACAAACGAAUUUCUUUGGGAAGACAUAUAUAACGGCGCCAAUGAUCUUUUCGGUCUCAUGGAUAUGAUUGAGCAAGACACCAAGGCAAGCCGUAAGAAGCGGCGAGCGAAAAGUCCGAGGCCCGGCGAUGGCGGUUAUUUCCCACCACAGACACCGACAAAGCAGCGAGCAACAGCAGCAACAACACCACAUUCUCGGGGCCGCACACCACGAGGAGCAGGCAAGAAGUUAGAGUUCACACCGCUGGCGAUGCGAAGACUUUCACCGAGCAAUGUUGAUUCUUCACCUUUUCAGAUCGCGCGGUCACGGCUACAUGUGUCCGCCGUUCCCGCCAGUCUACCCUGUCGUGAGGGCGAGUUUUCUCUUGUCUACUCACACCUUGAGGCAGCCAUUACCGAGGGUACAGGGAACUGUAUUUAUAUUUCUGGCACGCCAGGCACUGGCAAAACUGCAACUGUGCGAGAAGUCGUUUCACGGUUGGAAGAUGCCGUGAUCUCUGACGAGCUAGAUGAUUUCAUAUUUGUCGAGAUCAACGGCAUGAAGAUCACUGAUCCUCACCAGUCCUAUACCCUCCUGUGGGAAGCACUGAAGGGGCAGCGCGCAAGUCCAACACAGGCACUGGACUUACUGGAGCGCGAGUUCAGCAAUCCAAGUCCACGGCGUACUCCCUGUGUGGUGCUGAUGGACGAACUAGACCAGCUCGUCACCAAGAAUCAAGCCGUCAUGUACAACUUCUUCAACUGGCCAACGCUGCGACACAGUCGUCUCAUUGUCUUGGCGGUUGCAAAUACAAUGGAUUUGCCGGAGAGAACAUUGAGCAACAAAAUCAGCAGUCGUCUUGGCCUUACUCGAAUCACAUUUCCCGGUUAUACUCACGAUCAGCUCAUGAAGAUAAUACAGUCACGUUUAGAGGGCGUGCCAGGAAACAUUGUUGACCCAGAUGCAGUCCAGUUCGCUAGUCGAAAGGUUGCUGCUGUCAGUGGCGACGCGCGACGAGCCUUGGACAUUUGUCGAAGAGCUGUCGAGUUAGCCGAGGCCGACGCGCCACCCGAUCCAUCUACACCAAGCAAGAAGGCGCCCGGAGGAGACACGGCGGAUCUAGCACGCCGCGGCCGCGUCACCAUAGCCACUAUCAAAAAGGCCAUAAACGAAGCCACCUCAAACCCUAUUCAACAGCAUUUACGUGGUCUACCAUUGACCAGCAAGCUUCUCAUGGCGGCAAUGCUCCUGCGGUUUAGAAGAACAGGCCUUGUCGAAACCACAUUCGGCCAAACUCUCGACGAGCUGCAGCGAGUAUCUGCAUAUGCGCCACGGGCCCCGUCUGGCAUGGCUCAAAUACUCGGCAGCCACGCCAAGGGCGCUGGACAGGGCGGCGCGCAUCAGCGCCACACAGGACGGCCUGGCUAUGUCCACACGGCUGCACUAGACCUUGUAGCUGCAGGCCUUAUCAACCUAGAGGCCCAACGAGCCGAGAGGAGCAGCAAAUUGCGGUUAGCAAUUGCCGACGACGAGGUGAAGAUGGCACUGCGCGAAGAUCCAGAGCUUCGUGCACUUGGAAUUGGUAUAUAA